GUGGGGAUCAUGAGGAAAAUCAGAAACCAGUGGAUCGACGAGUUAGACGAGGUAUAUCUUCCGUCGUAGCGAGUGCGAGAGACCAAGCGAGGAGAGCUUGUGAUGUCAAGAAUGUUACAGAGCGUGUCGGCCAAUUCACCGUUAUUAUUACUAGUGUUGGUGUCGAUCCUAUUGCCGACAAAUGGAGCCGACGUGGGAGAAAGUUGCACAACCGAUUCGUCGAGCCAAGGUAUAUGCAGGCUUUUAAGAGAUUGCCCAGUAAUUUAUCAGCAAUUGUUAGCCGGCAAUAUGCCGGACAGCAUUUGCGGUUUCUCAGGUUUCGAUCCGAUAGUCUGCUGUCCGGCAAAUCGUAUCACUAGCAGAUUACCGCAACAGACCACACCGACGUCGCAAACUACCACUCGGACAGAGAUAGUGCGACCUUUGAAGCUGGAUGACAGCAGAGGAGCUUUAGCGCGAGCAAAAUGCGCGGAAGCUGCGGAAGCUGUCUAUGGUUUCGAAAUACCACCCACACCGACCUUUGAUCGAACGCCCGUAAAUGUGUCGCGUUGCACCCUGAAAACAAAGCUGAUUGUCGGUGGUGUAAAAGCCGACCCGAAGGAAUUCCCGCAUAUGGCAGCUGUUGGUUUCGAGAACGGUCAAGAUAUCUUAUGGAAUUGCGGAGGCAGCUUGAUUUCUGCCAAAAUCGUCCUAACAGCGGCGCACUGUACUUGGAAUAGAGACUGGGGAGCCGCAAAAUGGGUGCGAGUUGGUGAUCUGAAUCUUGUACAAACGACUGACGAUGCGAGGCCGCGAAUUAAAAUUGCAAAAAGGAUAAAGCAUCCUCAAUACGGAGGCCUAUCGGAAUACCAUGACAUAGCUAUACUACGAUUGGAAGAAGUUAUCUACAAUGCAUGGGUGAGACCAGCGUGUCUUCCGAUUGAUCUGCCUGAUGUAGGUACGGAUAAAAAAGCCGUGGCCACUGGAUGGGGUUUAGUCGAUUGGUCUGAAGACGCAGGCUCAGACAAUUUGUUGAAAGUAACGCUCAGUCUGGUCAACCAUGCAUCUUGUAAUGCAAGUUUUUCCGAUGGCGGCUCCAAUGUACAGUUUGCAACAGGCAUAAGAGACGAUUGGCAAAUAUGUGCGGGCGAACCGGGAAAAGAUACUUGUCAAGGUGACAGCGGAGGACCACUUGCUAUCUUUAACAAAAAUCAUGAUUGCGUGUACAAUGUGAUUGGAAUUACUAGUGUUGGACGAUUCUGUGGCAGCAACAUACGCGUGUACACUCGAGUCUAUCAUUACAUCCCCUGGAUAGAGAGAAACGCGUGGCCAGAAUACUAUCAAAACAAUUAAUUUCAAUUUACUCCGUUUCUCUAUAUUAAAUGUAUUAUUUUUUU